AUGAAUGAUAUCAAAUAUCAACUGUCUCGUUUUCUUGCUAGAGGGCUGCACUUUAGCUGGCAGAAUGGAGAGGAAUUGGCAAAUUGGACCGGCACCAUUAAUUUCACCGAUGACGGAGCAGUGAAGAGUGGCAGUGGCACAGGCACCAGGUAUUUUGAGUUUUAUGAAGGGCCAUUGGAAUACAACUCCACAAAAUGUCUGGAAUUACGGCAGGAUAUCAUUGCAGUGAAGGUUUUGUCUAUGGUGAAGCAAACUGAACUGUUUGACAGGUGGAAGAGCCUACAGAUGUGCAAAUGGGAGAUGAAUGUCACAGAGGCUAACUUAUUCAAGUCUACUUUGUCAAGAUGUUGCAAUGCCCCUACCUUUCUGUUCACUACCCAGAAAAAUACUCCCUUGGGGGCUAAACUCAAGUACGAAGUGGAUACUAGUGGAAUCUUCCAUAUCAACCAAGAAAUCUUCAAAAUGUUUCCGAAGGAUAUGCCGUACCACCGCUCCCAGUUCAAGAAGUGUGCGGUGGUUGGGAACGGAGGAAUUCUGAAGAACAGCAGAUGUGGCCGGGAGAUUGACAGCACAGACUUCGUGUUUCGGUGCAAUUUGCCUCCUAUAUCUGAGAAAUACAUCACAGACGUGGGGGUGAAGACAGAUGUCGUGACUGUCAAUCCCAGUAUAAUUACCGAAAGAUUCCAUAAGCUGGAGAAGUGGAGGAAACCUUUCUAUGACGUGCUCCAGGUCUAUGAAAAUGCUUCUGUGUUGCUGCCGGCUUUCUACAACACCCGCAACACAGAUGUCUCGAUCCGGGUCAAAUACGUCCUGGAUGAUUUUGAAUCCCAGCAAGCUGUUUACUACUUCCAUCCCCAGUAUCUCAUCAACGUCUCGCGCUACUGGCUUGGUCUAGGGGUGCGGGCCAAGCGGAUUAGCACUGGCCUGAUCCUGGUGACUGCUGCUCUGGAGCUCUGUGAAGAGGUCCACCUUUUCGGCUUUUGGGCCUUCCCUAUGAACCCCUCAGGGAUUUUUAUAACUCACCAUUACUAUGACAAUGUCAAACCUCACCCAGGUUUUCAUGCGAUGCCCUCAGAAAUCUUCAACUUACUCCACAUGCACAGCAAGGGGAUCCUGCGGGUUCAUACGGGGACCUGUAGUUGCUGUUGACAAGGACAGUUCUUCCUCUGACACAAAAGUGCAAAGGGAACUCAAUGC